CAAGGAAAACAAUUGAAGAUCUCAGAUCCAUGUCUCCAAUGUCAGAACGUAUUGAACAAGAUGAAUCACUUCGCAAUAAUACACUUAUGGUAGUUGACACGUUUAAAGAUGAAUCUAUCCGUCGUCAUCUUGCAUCUUCUAUUGGUUGCGAGCUUCCUGUUGAUAGUGAUGAUCCGAAAGAACUUACCUAUUAUAUGACAAAUGUUGCACAAUUCGGCUUUGAUCAUAUUAUUAUAAUUGGGGAGAUGGAAAAUGGAAUGAUUUUUUUGGAUUGCUAUGGUCGUGUCUUUCAAUGGGAGGAAGAAUGUCAGAUGUUGUGGCCACUCGGAAAUUCUUUAAAAGAAGCAAUGUCAAAUGACGAGAAAAAUCAAGUGCCAUGGUAUUGGGAGUAUGAUGGAGCUGUAUAUGAGUUCAAAGAAUUCCUUCAAC